CAGGCUGUCAGACAGGAGCCGGUCCGGGCAGGAGGGCAGACAUGCUGCCCCGCCGGAUGAGCGGGCCGCUGCCAUGGAGCCUCGCCCGCUUCCUCGUGGCGAGGACCAGGCACCCGCCGGCCGUGGUCGGAGCUUCGGCGCGGGACCCGAACUGGGGCGUCGCCGCGGCCUUCUCCGCCGAUCUGCAGUACCCGGCAGUGGCCGCCAGGGGUCGCCACGAAGCCAACUUCCAAGCAGCGCCCGACGAGCUGCCUCUUCCUCAGGCGGCCGCCAGGGGGCGCAGCGGGGAUGAGAGGCGGCUGCAGUGCCCGGCGGUGGCCAGCAGGGGGCAGCAGCUGAGCAGCCACGUGGCGGGCAUCGCCCCCAGGGGCCAGAGGGGGGCCUGGCAGCCCUGCCUGGUGGAGGGGCCCGCCCAGGAGCCCCCAGUCCCCCUCCCCAAGGAGCCCAGCAGGCUGCACCUGUGGCCCAACCUGGUGCAUGCUGGGAGGCACCACCGCAGCCACGAGGGAUGGAGCCACCACAUCAGGGUGCCUGCCUUCACAGCCACUGCCAUGGCGGUUGCCGGACUAGCCUUCUGCUACAGCAAGAGCAACAUGUCCAAAGAAGAGGCUCUGCUGGAAGCGGCGAGGAUCAACAAUGUCUCCGAAGUGGACAGGUUGCUGCAGGAAGGAGCCAGCGUGAACGCUCGGCACAAGCUCGGCUGGACGGCGCUGAUGGUUGCAGCUAUCAACCGGAAUGCAAGCGUGGUGAAUCUUCUUCUCGCAGCCGGUGCUGACCCAAACCUGGGAGAUGAGUUCAGCAGCGUCUAUGAAACCGCCAAAGAGAAGGGGCUCCAUUCCCUGGAAGUUCUGGUCACACGGGAGGACGACUUCAACAACCGUUUGAACAACCGGGCCAGCUUCAAAGGCUGCACAGCUUUGCAUUACGCAGUGCUCGCCGACGACUGCCCGUCCAUCAAGAUGCUUCUCGAUGGAGGUGCCAGUCCCCUGCAGAGAAAUGAAAUGGGGCACACAGCCGUGGAUUAUGCCCGAGAAGGAGAGGUCAUGAAGCUCUUGACAGCUUCUCAAACAAAGUUCCAGGAAGAGCAGCGCAAGAGAGAAAUAGAGGAACGGCGGCGGUUUCCCCUGGAGCAGAGGCUCCGAGAACAUAUCAUUGGCCAGGAGAGUGCCAUAGCAACUGUGGGAGCGGCCAUCCGGAGAAAGGAAAAUGGCUGGUACGACGAAGAGCAUCCGCUGGUGUUCCUCUUCUUGGGAUCGUCCGGAAUAGGUAAAACUGAGCUGGCCAAGCAGACGGCCAAGUACCUUCACAAAGACGUCAAGAAGGGCUUUAUUCGGCUGGACAUGUCAGAGUUUCAGGAGAGGCACGAGGUUGCCAAGUUUAUUGGCUCCCCGCCAGGCUACGUCGGCCACGAGGAAGGUGGGCAGCUCACCAAGAAGCUCAAGCAGUGCCCAAACGCCGUGGUCCUCUUUGACGAAGUGGACAAGGCUCACCCCGACGUCCUCACCAUCAUGCUGCAGCUGUUUGAUGAAGGCCGGCUGACCGACGGGAAAGGGAAGACCAUUGACUGCAAGGAUGCCAUCUUUAUCAUGACCUCCAACGUGGCCAGUGACGAGAUUGCCCAGCAUGCUUUGCAGCUAAGGCAGGAGACCAUGGAGCUGAGCCGGAAGAGGAUUGCUGAAAACCUGGAUGAUGUCCAGAUGACUGACAAGAUCACCAUCUCCAAGCAGUUCAAGGAGAAAGUCAUCCGCCCCAUCUUGAAGGCUCACUUCCGAAGGGACGAGUUCCUCGGCAGGAUCAACGAAAUCGUCUAUUUCCUCCCCUUCUGCCACUCUGAGCUCAUCCAGCUCGUUAACAAGGAGCUGAGCUUCUGGGCCAAGAGGGCCAAGGCGAGGCACAGCAUCACUUUGCUGUGGGACAGGGAAGUCAUGGGCGUCCUGGCCGACGGUUACAACUUGCACUACGGGGCCCGCUCCAUCAAGCAUGAGGUUGAGCGCCGGGUUGUGAACCAGCUGGCUGCUGCCUACGAACAGGAGCUUCUGCCGCACGGGUGCACCUUGCGGAUCAUAGUGGACGACUCAGACAAGCAGCUGCUAAAGACCAAGGACAGUUCCUUGCCCAAGGAGGAGAGCCAGAGGAAAGGGCCCAGCAUACGGCUGGAGAUCGUUGAGAAAGACAGCAAGAGCCGGAAGCUGGAUAUUCAGGCCCCCCUGACCCCAGAGGAGAGCAUAUCGUAAGGAAAGCUGAAUCUAAAAGAAGAUGGAGUGAAAAUUGGUGAGAGGAACAUUAACAACUUGAGAUAGUCAGAUGAGACCACGUUACUGGCAGGAAAUAGCGAAGACUUGAAACGACUACUGAUGAAGGUUAAAGGAGAAAGCGCCAAAGCAGGAUUACAGCUGAACAUCAAGAAGACAAACGUAAUGACUACUGAGGAAUUACACAAUUUUAAAGUUGACAAUGAGGAAAUUGAAAUUGUUCAAGAUUUUCUAUAUCUUGGUUCAAUCAUCAACCAAAAGGGAGACUGCAAUGAAGACAUUAGAAGAAGAUUGAGACUUGGAAAAGCAGCUGUGAGAGAGCUAGAAAAGAUCCUUAAAGAUAAAGAUGUCUCUCUGGGGAUCAAGAUACUUCAAACGAUGGUAUUCCCCAUUACUAUGUGUGGAUGUGAAAGUUGAACAGUGAAGAAAGCGGACAGGAAGAAAAUAGAUUAUUUGAAACGUGGUGCUGGAGGAGAGUUCUGCGGAUACCAUGGACAGCCAAAAAGACAAAUAAGUGGAUACUAGAUCAAAUCAAGCCUGAAUUCUCCCUAGAAGCUAAAAUGACAAAACUGAGGCUAUCGUACUUUGAUCACAUCAUGAGAAGAGAAGAUUCUCUGGAAAAGUCAAUAAUGCUAGGAAAAGUA